AUGUUUUCUUACUUCCAAAUUUUCCUUCUGCAUACUUUUUUUUUUAUCAAUCUAAAACAUGGCCUUUUCCAAAAUCCUUCCUGCUUUAAAUUGUGUAGAUUUCUCAGUCAGUUUCUUUCAUUUUAUAUUCUCUCUCUUCUUUCCUGUUUUAUCUUCUCUCUCUUCUUUCCUGUUUUAUCUUCUCUCUCUUCUUUCCUGUUUUAUCUUCUCUCUCUCCUUUCCUGUUUUAUCUUCUCUCUCUCCUUUCCCAUGUUUUAUCUUCUCUCUCUCUUUUCCUCUUUUAUCUUCUCUCUCUCCUUUCCUGUUUUAUCUUCUCUCUCUCCUUUCCUGUUUUAUCUUCUCUCUCUCCUUUCCUGUUUUAUCUUCUCUCUCUUCUUUCCUGUUUUAUCUUCUCUCUCUUCUUUCCUGUUUUAUCUUCUCUCUCUUUUUCCUGUUUUAUCUUCUCUCUCUUUCUUUCCUGUUUUAUCUUCUCUCUCUUCUUUUUGUUUUAUCUUCUCUCUCUCCUUUCCCAUGUUUUAUCUUCUCUCUCUUUUUCCUGUUUUAUCUUCUCUCUCUUUUCCUGUUUUAUCUUCUCUCUCUCCUUUCCUGUUUUAUCUUCUCUCUCUCCUUUCCUGUUUUAUCUUCUCUCUCUCCUUUCCUGUUUUAUCUUCUCUCUUCUUUCCUGUUUUAUCUUCUCUCUCUUCUUUCCUGUUUUAUCUUCUCUCUCUCCUUUCCUGUUUUAUCUUCUCUCUCUCCUUUCCCAUUUUUAUCUUCUCUCUCUCCUUUCCCAUGUUUUAUCUUCUCUCUCUUUUUUCCUGUUUUAUCUUCUCUCUCUCUUUUCUGUUUUAUCUUCUCUCUCUCCUUUCCUGUUUUAUCUUCUCUCUCUUCUUUCCUGUUUUAUCUUCUCUCUCUUCUUUCCUGUUUUAUCUUCUCUCUCUUCUUUCCUGUUUUAUCUUCUCUCUCUUCUUUCCUGUUUUAUCUUCUCUCUCUUCUUUCCUGUUUUAUCUUCUCUCUCCUUUCCUGUUUUAUCUUCUCUCUCUUCUUUCCUGUUUUAUCUUCUCUCUCCUUUCCUGUUUUAUCUUCUCUCUCCUUUCCUGUUUUAUCUUCUCUCUCCUUUCCUGUUUUAUCUUCUCUCUCUCCUUUCCUGUUUUAUCUUCUCUCUCUUCUUUCCUUUUUUAUCUUCUCUCUCUCCUUUCCCAUGUUUCAACUUCUCUCCCUCCUUUCCCAUGUUUUAUCUUCUCUCUCUUCUUUCCUGUUUUAUCUUCUCUCUCUCCUUUCCUGUUUUAUCUUCUCUCUCUUCUUUCCUGUUUUAUCUUCUCUCUCUUCUUUCCUGUUUUAUCUUCUCUCUCUUCUUUCCUGUUUUAUCUUCUCUCUCUCCUUUCCUGUUUUAUCUUCUCUCUCUUCUUUCCUGUUUUAUCUUCUCUCUCUUCUUUCCUGUUUUAUCUUCUCUCUCUCCUUUCCCAUGUUUUAUCUUCUCUCUCUCCUUUCCCAUGUUUCAACUUCUCUCUCUCCUUUCCCAUGUUUCAACUUCUCUCUCUCCUUUCCCAUGUUUCAACUUCUCUCUCUCCUUUCCCAUGUUUCAACUUCUCUCUCUCCUUUCCCAUGUUUCAACUUCUCUCUCUCUUUUCCCGUGUUUCAACUUCUCUCUCUCAUCUUUCCCGUGUUUCACCUGCACUCACAUCUUUCCUUCUUUUUACCUACACUCUCAUCUUUCCUUCUUUUUAUCUACACUCUCAUCUGAUUUGCAUUCUCUCUCUUCCUUACUCUGUUUUUACCUUCUCUCUCUUCCUUACUCUGUUUUUACCUUCUCUCUCUUCCUUACUCUGUUUUUACCUUCUCUCUCUUCCUUACUCUGUUUUUACCUUCUCUCUCUUCCUUACCCUGUUUUUACCUUCUCUCUCUUCCUUACCCUGUUUUUACCUUCUCUCUCUUCCUUACCCUGUUUUUACCUUCUCUUUCUGUGGCUUUAUCUUUGCUCUCUUUGUUCCUCUCUGUUUCCUUCUCGCUCUUUGUUCCUCUCUUUUUCCUUCUCGCUCUUCUUUCAUCUCUUAA